UGUUUUUAAAAAGUAACUAAGUAAUUAAUUACUUUUGAAAAUAAGUAAUCAGUAAAGUAACAUGAUUACUUGACCAACACUGGUAAGAAGACCCAAACUGUCAUCUUCAGAUGGGAGGAAAUUCAUCAGGAUAUUGAGGAACGUCACAGAAACCACAAAGGCUCAAGGCUACAAUGAACUGGAGAUUGCUGGAACACCACCGUCACUAUCAAGGACUGAGAGGGUGCCGACCAAGAAAGACACCCCAGCACCAAAAUUGACAUCUUUAAGCUCAAAUGAAAUUUGCAGCAGUCCACAUGGACGAGUCAGAUGUUCUUUAGGGAAAAGUUUUAUGGUCAAACAAGACAAAGAUUGAGCUAUCUGAUAUCAAUGACGAGAAGAAUAUUUGGAGAAGUAAAGGUGAGGCUUUCAAACCUAAGAACACGGAACAGGCUGUCAAGCAGGGUGAUCAUCAUAUAUUUGCUGCAAGAGGUAUUGGUACAUUGCACAACAUCGGUGGAAUAAUGAAGAAGCAGGAUUACCUCCAAACUCUUCAACUUCACCUCAGAUCAGCUGCUAAAUGAUUGAACUUGGACACAAUCGGGUGUUCCAACAGGAAAAUAUUUGUAGCAGGGCAACAAUGACCUUCUGAAAUUAACUUUCUAACUUUCUAAAGCCCCAGCCUAAACCCUAUUGAAAAUCUGUGAGCUACAUUUUAAAGGUUUAUGCCUCUAAACCAACUGAUUUAAGCGAACUCUACCAAUUCUGCUAAGAAGAGUGAUUAGAUAUAGAAUUAUGCCAGAAGCUUGUUGAUGGCUAUCAAUUGGAUCUAGUUGAGGUGCAACUUGCUAAGUGAUAUUUAAUCCAAUAUUACGCAGGUGUAUGUAUAUAUAAUUUAUCCAUGUGUAGAUUAGAGAAAUUUAUUAAUUUUAUUUAUUUCUUAAACAAUUAUCCUGUACAAUUGUUUCACCCUGGACAAAGAACAAUUCAAUGAUUAGUGACCACAGACAGCUACAGGAAGUAGCUGCCAUGGCCAAGAAAGAGUCAUGCUCAAAAUACCAUAGAAAACAGAGUAAUAUUAUUUUUUUUACACUUUUAGGUUUUGUGUAGAUUAAACAAUCAAGGUGUUGUUUUCAUUUCAGAACUUUAAUAAACGUCUUCAGAACUUUUGUACAGAGCUAUAGUCUAAUUAAACCAAAUCCAGUCCUGCUGCAUAGAGAGAAUAUUAUCAAUCUUUUGGUCAAGGCUUAACAAGUAAAAGAGUAAAGUAAAAGUUUGAACAUGAUGAGAUUUUCACGUUCUCAAAGCAUUGUUGCUUUUCAGGCACCAACAUCAACAGUGCUAUACUGGAUGCAGUUAGUUUGCUGAAGAAAGAAAGAAAAGAAAAGAAAGUUCCAGAGAGGAGUAUGGAUAUGAUUUUUCUACUGACUGACGGGAUGCCAAACAGUGGGGUGACCAGCCCCCAGCUAAUCCAGCAGAAUGUAUUUUCUGCUAUUGGAGGAAUCAUGUCUCUGUUCUGUCUUGGAUUUGGAAAUGAUGUGGAUUACUCCUUCCUGGAUGUUAUGUGCAGGCAAAAUAAAGGAGUAGCCCGGAGAAUUUUUGAGGGUUCAGAUGCUGCCAUUCAACUCAAGGGUUUCUACGAGGAAGUGUCCAGCCCUCUGCUCUUGGAGGUGGAUCUGCGUUAUUCAGAGAAUACAGACUUCUUAACCAAAACUCACUACAGCCAGCUGUUCAACGGCUCAGAGAUCGUGGUCGCUGGUCAGCUGAAGGAAAAUGACGUGGAAAACUUCUUGGUGGAAGUGUUUGCCCACGGGUCUGAAGAGAACUUUGUGGCACAGGGAAAGGCCAGUGUGACUGACUGGCAGACAGCGUACCCAGAAAAGGGGUACAUUUUUGGAGAUUUCAUUGAGCGUAUGUGGGCCUACCUCACCAUCCAGCAGCAGCUGGAGAACAGUGCUCUCAGUACUAAAGAGGAGAGAGGAAAUAUAGAAGCCAAGGCUCUGAACCUGUCUCUGAAGUAUAACUUUGUCACCCCUCUCACAUCCUUGGUGGUCACCAAGCCUGAAAACGAGAAUGGAGCUGAUCGCUCUUUCAUUGCUGACAAGCUGACUGAAAGCCAGCGACAGCAAGCAGAAAGACACAUGGCAGGUGCACAUGCAUCGCCUGCUGUCGGCUCGCGUGUAAUUGAUGACUUACUUGCUGCAGUUGAUGGAGAUCCCCAUUUUAUGAUAGAGCUUCCAGAUAAAAACGACGCUCUGUGCUUCAACAUCAACGACAAACCAGGAACCAUUUUCAGUCUGGUCAGAGACCCCAAAUCAGGCUUUGUGGUGAAUGGCAAAAUAAUUAGCAAGAAGAAAGUUGCUCUGGAUGGUAACGUGAACACCUACUUUGGCCGUUUUGGUAUCACACAUCAGAACCUGGGGGUGAGACUGGAUGUGAGCAUUCAGGAUAUCUCUGUUUUCUACAAUAACAAGCAGGUCAAGCUGCUGUGGUCUGAUGCCACCUCACUCAGAGAUGCCAAUAUGGAGCUCAAGCUAGUUAAAAACUGCAGUCUGACAGUGACGCUGAGGCACUCAGUGAAAUUCAGGGUCAUCCGACACACAAAGGUUUGGAAGAGACGCCACGACCACCAAGACUACCUGGGUUUCUACACUCUGGACAGCCAGCACUUGUCUGCUUCAGUUCAUGGUCUGCUAGGUCAGUUCUACCGUGGGGUUGUGUUUGAGCUGACAGACCUGCGUCCAGGUGAAGGCCAGGAGAAACUGGAUGCCACCAUGUACGUGAAGGGGCAAAGGCUGAAUGUGACAAGACACUGGCAAAAAGACUUCAACAAGGAUGUGAAGAAUGGAGAAAGCAUCGCCUGCUGGUUUGUUGACAACGAGGGAAGAGGCCUGAUUGAUGGAACAGCCUCAGACUACACCGUGUCAGACCUUUUUACGGCUAUUUGAAAACGCAAAGUGCGAUCAGCAUUGCACUGGGAGCUGCAGAGUAGAUUUACAUGCUCUGGGUGGUGUGUGAUGAGAAGGCAUUGUAGUGAGUCACUGGGUGUUUUCUAUUUCAAAGUGACACAUGCAAAAACUGAAAGCAAGUGCAUGUUUAUAUUAAUGCAAGCAUAUCACGUUACAGUAUAUUUUGAGUGUUUGUGUCCGUCUGGCAUUACAGAGUGUAAUCGAACCUCUCCUGCUAAAUGUUAUUUAGUCAAACAGCAUCAGUGAGAUAGUUUGCUUUACUCACACAAUGACAGUAUGUGAGUCAAGAUAGAUUUAAUGAUGACACAAAUAACAUGGCAGGUAAAGCUUUCUGAAUAGUCUGCAUAUAUGACAUACUGCAUUCAUUUCUCUAUGCUUUCUUGGAAUUAAAUAAAUAUUUUGCUUUU